CUAGUACUACUACUACUUUCCCUCUUUCUGGUUCCGAAUAGUUUCAAAGUUUCAAUAAAAAGCCCACAGAACACACACACACACACACACAGAGAAAAAUGAAUUGUUGUGCAUUAUUUCUCAACUCCACUCUUUUCCCAAUUACCAUUAAUAUCAAAUCUGUUACGUUCAAAAACCAAUCAUUUUUUCUCAGACAAUCCUCAGUUGUCUCCGCAAACCUUAGUACUGUUACCAAACACAAAUCCUUAUCCUCUGUUCACUCCAACAGCCUCAGAGUCCUCGAAUGGGACAAGCUCUGUGACUCUGUCUCUUCCUUUGCCACCACUUCCUUUGGCCGCGAAGCCACAAAGGCGCAGCUGUGGUCUCUGAAUCAAACGUACGAAGAGAGUCUGAGGCUUUUGGAAGAGACCAAUGCGGCCGUGGAAAUGUACAACCACGGUGGUUGUAGAUUGGACUUUACCGGCAUUGAUGUUGUUCUUGUGAAAUCUGCUAUCCAACAAGCCAGGAGAAGUUUACCGGUGGAUGGAAAUGCGGCACUGGCUGUUGCAGCUCUACUACAGCAUUGUGAAACUUUGCAGUUAAAUUUAAAAGCUGCAAUCAAGGAAGAUGCAGAUUGGUACAGACGUUUCAUGCCUCUCACAGAAGAGAUAACUGGAUUUAUUAUAAAUCGAUCAUUAGUUAAGUUGAUACUGCAAAUUAUAGACGAAGAUGGCUCUGUUAAAGAUUCAGCGAGUCCAACCCUGAAACGAUCACGUGAACAAGUGAGAAUGCUUGAGAGAAAGAUAUAUCAGUUAAUGGACAGCUUAAUUAGGAGUGAGAAGAAUGAAACACCAUUUCUGGAAGUGAGUAACAUAGAUGGCAGGUGGUGUAUAAAAUCAGGGGUGGAUCAACUGAAAGGCGUCAAGGGUCUACUGUUAUACAGUGGUUCAGGCAGAGGAAGCAUUGUAGAGCCACUCUCUGCCGUUCCUUUAAAUGAUGAGUUGCAGCAAGCAAGAGCAUCAGUGGCAAAGGCUGUGGCAGAUGUGCUUUCAAUGUUAACAGAAAAGAUGCAAAUUGAUCUUGAUGAGAUUGAAAAGUUGUUAAACAGUAUAAUUCAACUGGAUGUGGUCAAUGCUCGAGCAACCUUUGGUCUUUCAUUUGGAGGCACAUAUCCUGAUUUGUUUCUAUCAAAAGGCAGUGGCUCUUCUACUUCUGUUGUGUAUCCAUCAGGAAACAAAAAUUCAAAUGCAUCAUACCCCAUUAAGAGGGAAUGGACAUUGUAUCUGCCAAAAGCUUAUCAUCCUUUAUUGCUUCAGCAGCAUAGGCAAAAUUUGCAGAAGGCCAGGAAAGAUGUCAGUAAUGCUACUUCUGAUAUUAGGAGAAAACAGCAAGGUGAGAUUAUGGCACGAAAAGGAGAAAAAGAUGUAGAUCUUCCAUCCUUAAAAAUGCAGGUUACUGCACUAGAACAAGCUCAUCCAGUUCCAGUUGAUUUUUUUGUAAAUCAUAUAACUCGAGUUUUGGUUAUAACUGGCCCCAAUACUGGGGGUAAAACCAUUUGUUUAAAGACAGUCGGAUUGGCAGCUAUGAUGGCUAAAUCAGGUCUAUAUGUUUUAGCUUCUGAAUCAGUAAAAAUCCCUUGGUUUGAUGCUGUUUUUGCUGACAUUGGGGAUGAACAGUCCUUGUCACAGUCUUUAUCUACCUUCUCUGGCCAUUUGAAACAAAUAAAUGACAUUCGAUUACAUGCAACAAGUCAGUCAUUGGUGCUACUAGAUGAAGUUGGUGCGGGAACAAAUCCCCUUGAAGGAGCAGCACUAGGGAUGUCACUGUUGGAAUCUUUUGCUGAAACUGGUGUUUUGUUGACAAUAGCUACUACACAUCAUGGUGAACUCAAAACCCUGAAAUACAGUAAUGACACCUUUGAAAACGCAUGCAUGGAGUUUGAUGAAGUGAAUCUGAAACCAACUUUCAAGAUUCUCUGGGGAGUACCAGGGCGUUCAAAUGCAAUCAAUAUAGCUGAAAAGUUAGGAGUGCCCAGUAUAAUUGUGGAUAAUGCUCGUGAGCUAUAUGGUUCAGCUAGUGCAGAGAUAGAUGAGGUCAUAACUGAAAUGGAAAGGUUAAAGCAAGACUUCAAGGAGUAUUUGGAGGAAGCACAACAUCAUAUGAUGCUCUCAAAAGACCUUUAUGAAAAUUUAUUGGUUGCUAGAAGGAAAAUAAUGGAACAUGGCACUAGACAAAGAUUGAGGAAGAUGCGUGAAAUAUCUGAGGCUGCAGCAAUGGCACGUUCUAUUCUUCACAACAAAGUGCGACAACUUCGUGCAUCUGCAAUUCAAUCUUCACAGCCAACUCCAACUCAUAAAAGCCAGCAUGCACUGGCUAUCAGCAGACAGCAUACUAUGGCAGAAUACACUGAACCUCCUAUGGCAUAUAAGAGUGCAUCCUUUAUUGAAGAUAUCAAGCAAACACCAUCAGAGAAGUCUCAGCUUCCCAAGGUUGGUGAUAUGGUGCAUGUUUCUUCUCUUGGGAGGAAGGGGACAGUUUUAAGAUUGGAGCCAUCUAAAGAUGAAAUAGUAGUUCAAACCGGUAACAUGAAGUUGAAGUUAAAGUUGAUUGAUAUUGAGAAGUGACUAUCGAGGAUUUAUACAUGUCCUUGAGAACAAGAAUUUUGUGACAUAUGUCACAUCUUUCAGGAAGGUGGGAUCAUAUUGAACACUGUCAUCAUCAGGUGCCCUCAAGAAGAUGGACCAAUGGAAACCAGAAGCAUUCUGAAAUUCAGGGCUGUUUGGUAGUGUAACUUGAACAACAGUUUUCAGUGUUUAAACAACAUUACACGUAUUUCCACACACUUUUUCACCCACACGUAUUUCCAAAAAAUACAAACAAUGUUACCAAACACCCCCCAAAUAUGAAGAUUCAAGAAAACAAAGAGCUUUGACAAUUCAAUGAGACAAGUCAUAGAGUUUUAAGAUAUUAUCAGUUAUACAAAUCCACAUCCUAGUAGAGACUCAAUGAUGGUUUACUGUUCAAUUCCGGCAUCUUGAGGAUACUAAGGAAAAUGGUGCAAGGUGGGGAUUUCAUCUGGUGCAGCAGCAGCAGCUGCUGCAAUAAAAGUGGGAAAGAGGCCUCAAAAUGAUGGAAAACUCGUUGCUAUUUUCAGAAGGUUUUUGAUCUACUCUUGGAAGUUUCUGAGGUUGAAAAGAUGACCCCAGAUAGGAUGGUGAAGAUAGUUUUUGUGUUUAGCAAUGUGGGGUUCCAGCGAGGAGGGGAUAAGAUAUUGCCAGAAAUAGUGUUUUGGAAUGCUAGAGACUCUGUUCAAGUUUGCUGGCAAGGAAGAGAGAAGGUGUAGCCAAGGUUCGUGGGGUUUUGGAUGGUUCACUGACUACAUUGUUGGAGGAAAAUGUGGUUCCAUCUCUGGAGGAUUUAGUGAAGUCAGUUCCAAAGCCAGAGAAGUUGAUGGAGUUCCCUCAGCAAUUUCUGGAGAAGAUUACUAUGAUCUUAUUGUAUUUGAUUGAUGUAUCUAAAACAGUGAGAAAUUUUGCUUUUUACAGAAUAGAAUUUGAUCUGUUUGCACUGAAUAGUCUUCAUUAUUAGAAAACUGACAUCAAGGAUUCAUUGAUGUCAGCAGCAUGUUUACUGUUA